AUGAUCUUCGUUGAGGAGACUUUUGCAAAGCUUCUCUGUGCACCGAGGCCUGGCAUGCGGCGGCUUGGCUUGAAAGGACCGUUCCCAAUAAAGAGCUGCGGCCAUGACAUCGGUCAGUCAGACGUGGUAGGCAUCCUCAAGGCCGUAGAUUCACCGGAGAUUGUUGCAGUCGAACUGACCGCCUUUACGCUUGCAGACGGCGUACUUCUGGGCCACUCGCCCCGCAACCGCAGCGCUAAACGCUUGCGAAGUUGCGAGUGGCAGCUUAUGAGACAUUAUGUUGUGAAGGGCCUCGUCGCCCGCACCACGGCCUCGAACAUGCCUUUCGUGCUACGACACGAAGCAGGUGCCGUUCGCCUGCUGGGGAUAUCCUUGGAAGCAUGCGAUGGGCAAACCGCGCAGUGGUGCGGCGGCGAAGUUUGGACCAAGCAGGAGAAACCGGUGCCAGCUGCGAGAAAAGGCGGCCACUGGCCAGUAGAGGAUGUGGUCGAUGAUGUCUUGGAUGACGAGCUGCCAGCAUUGCAGGCCGUCGGCCCGGACAGCAAGAAGGACGACUGA